AAGCACGUUUGGUUUCAAUUGUGAAAUUUCCAAUAUGGCGUCGCAAUCGUUCCAUGAUCAAGCAAAAUGCAUCUUAGAAAGUCGUAAAAAUGCGAAUCUGUUGGUGGCUCUCCUCGAAAAUCUUGAUUCUGUAAAGAAGGCUGAGCUUUUGGAACUAAUAUCUAGUCUUGAACUUGUGUUUUCCAGCUAUAUGUCUCAGGGACUUUGGCAAAAGUAUUUGAAAGAUGGAAGAAGCAUGGACGACAGUGACAGCGAGGAUGAUAUUGGAGAAAAUGGUGCCACUCAAGAAGGUAAUUUGCUGGAAAAAAAUAAAAGUGCAGAGAAAAUAUUCGCGCACUGGUGCUAUGAUAAGUAUUUGCAUUUCGUAGGGGAGUUGAUACAACUUUUAGGCCAGGAAGAAAAAGCCGUCCGCAAAAGGGCGCUCGACUGUCUAAUGAACCUUCUCGUUGCAGAUUACAAAGCUGCGAUAAAUAGUCCAGAGUACGACCAGUCCGGGUGUUAUUUCCCAAUUGAUUUAUUCAAAAGAGUUAUAAAUGGCCUUCUGACUUGCAAUGCAGCUGCAACGAAGAAUCAUUUGAAGGAGAUAGGCAAGUACUUUCGGUAUGCCGAUAUCCAGUUUUAUACUUUGAAGAAUAUAGGCACGAUAAUUGAAGAAAAGCCUAAGUGGAUCUCAAAGACAGAUAACGUAAUGAGCAAUAUUUGUCUAUUACUAUUGAAAGUUUCAUCUAUGAAUAAUCAAACCAAAGAUGUUGGAUUCCUGAUCAAAGAUGUCGAAAAGAUUCAGAAAUUUUUACCAGAGAGCAGAGGAAGAAAGAAGCUUUUCAGCAAUACGUGGCUGUCAUUUCUCAGUCUGGAGCUUUCAGAUGAUAUUUUGAAGAGAGUGCUAGCAAAUCUUCAUGAAGAUGUAAUGCCAUACAUGGAAGAUCCCAAACUUUUGCUUGAUUUUCUAACUGAUGUUUAUAACCUUGAAGGCUCACUUGCCCUUCUUGCAUUGAACGGUUUGUUUCUCCUCAUCCACAAAUAUAACUUAGACUACCCAGACUUUUUUAAAAAGCUAUACAUUCUUUUGGAUGUUUCUUCUAUUGAAACAGAGUAUAGAGACAGAUUCUUUACACUAUUGGAUUUGUUUCUGACAUCAUUGAAUCUUCCAGCAUACUUGGUGGCUGCCUUCAUAAAAAAGCUGGCAAGAAUUAGUCUCAGAGCCUCUCCAGAUGCAAUACAGAUCAUCUUAGUUUUGAUAGAAAACCUCUUAAAACGUCAUCCAAGCUGCAAAGUUCUUAUUCACAGGAAGACUGGCUUGUCAAUGUCAUCUGAUACUUCAGUGUCUGAUGAAGCCCACUCAGAUCCAUUCAAGUUUGAAGUAGCAGACCCAGCAAGAUGCAAUGCUCUUAACAGUUCGUUAUGGGAACUGAAAACAUUGGAACAACAUUACCAUGCAGAAAUUCAAAAGGCUGUCAAAGUUUUUGAAAGUCAUUUUACCAAAGAGGAAAAGGCCAUAGGCGAAUAUUUGAACAAUUCCUACGCUGAUUGGUUUGAGAAAGAACUGGUGGAUUUUGAUGAGGACACCCCUGUCCCUAUGAAUUUCAAAGCCCCUGACUGUCUGUUUGAUCGCUCAGUUUAUGAUUUAGGCCUAUGGUCAUUGGAGUAACUUUAGUCAGAGAUUCAUACAAGAGUUGGAACCUUUAACAAUUGGUAUGUUACUCCAAACUCUAAAAGUGUUAUGAUGAACCAUUAAUUUUGAAUUUUAGCUUUGAUGUCAAUGCCUCAGAUCGUUUUGAGAUUAUUUUAUGAUUUUAGCAUGAAGUACCAUGAUCUUUAUUAUAGCAUAUCUUUGCCAUGGGUUUUUGAAGUACUGAUUCAUUCAGCCUUAACAAUAUAAGGUGAGCUUGAAUUGACUGCAACGUAUUUUGCUUAAAUUUCAAUAAAAUUCGCAAACUUUA